GGCGCAUCAAACCUUAUUGGCAAAGCUUGGACUACGGUGGAGAUGUCCAACUCGAACUUGAAGUCGCCUGAGCUACCUUGUCACACUCUGAGCUCCUAGACCAUCCUUUUCGCCUUUACAAAUAAUGGUAAUGAGCCUUUCAAUACCUACGGGAAUGGAAAGCUUCUUCGAUCCCUUUGCUAGGAUCGUUUGCAAUGAUGCGAGUAGGAAUAUGGGCCAAAGCAACUUUGCGUUCCUGGAAGCUUUGACCUUGCUUUGGCGCCACUCGCCGAUGAUUUGUCUCUCAAACGCUUUGACUUUGAGCGUAUUGGAAAAUGCAUUCUCUGCUAAUAUAAAAGGUCGAUUUGUCCUCAUCAUGUUGAAAGACUUGACAGAUAUCAUCGAGCCCGUCGAUGCACUGCGCGCAGAUGCUCCCAAUUUCUACAAAUUCUCUACUGAACAAGAGGUCCGGGAUUUCGCCUCUCAAGUAGAAUCAGACCCAUCCAUCCUCCGCAACGCUCGAUCCAUAUACUUUCGCCUGCCCAGGCCAUCUGACAAAAUAUUCGCAGAGGAGGACCGCGCAGAUGACACCGAUGAUGUUCUCUGGCAGGCCAUGGCCUUCCUGCAUACCGAUCCAUACCCUGAGUUCGGUUUUCUGGGUUUCCACGACAUGACGUUUCGCGCUGGAGCGGCAGAGAUGUUAUCCUAUACACUGAGGUCCAUUCACUCUCACAGCCUGGAACCUCAACAUGUCCGCCGACUUCUCUUCGCUCACUGUCACUUUGAAGAUUUUGAAGACCUGGAACGGCUCGUCGAAAUGUUUCCUCCUAAUGACGCGCUGCUGUUACUAGACGUUACUUGGGGCCAGUGUUUACCGAAGGUUCCCUCCCAGAGCAGGGUCAUAAACCAGUUGCAGAUCAACCUGCUCUCGAUUGAUAGGACGACUGAUGACGCAUAUAUCCUCAAGUGGCUUCAAUCUAUUCCUAAUUCUUUGUCACUGGAGCUCGUUAGGAUCAGAAGGGACACUCCUGGUAACGACCAUGACGAGCUCUGGCAGCAACUUAGGCCAUACACUAAUCUUGAAAGCAUAAGAUUUAGAUGACGUUGAAGACUUGUGAAUGCUAACUUCAAUCGCGAAAUCUCUCGCGAGCGUGUUUUCUAGUGAUGGCUGGUUCGAUUUUGUUGAACUUGGGACCUCGGGAUAGACCGUUGGUCUGUGUGUGAAGAAACGUGCAUCAACUUC